AUGAUUCAUUGUGCACCGCAGGCACGUAAACGAAUUAAUGCUGAAGCAAUCCAACGUCUCAAUGCUUUCUAUGUAAUAAAUAAACGUCCAACAGAUGUUGAAAAAGAUCGUCUAGCUAUAGAAUAUAAUAUAACAUCAGAACAAUCAGAUGUACAACAUCGAUACUUAUUGAUUCAUUGUUUUAUUAUAUUUCUAUUAAUUAAUUUAACUUCUACACAAAUAUGUCAAAAUGAUAUUCCUGAUUUUUUCUAUAAUGUAAGUUUUGCUGGUCCUUUAUUUGAUCAAUCUAUAUAUACAAUAACAACAUCAAAUUUUUCUGUCUUAUCUCCAAAUGGUACAAUUGUAUUUACAUUUAAUGUUCAACCACGUACAGAUUAUACUCGACCAAGUUUUAUUUCAACAUCUGUUACUGGACGUGCACUUAAUAUAGCACCUCGGAAUAUAACAGUAACAUCAAGCGAUUCAAGUUUUAUUAUUAAUAAUUUAUCAAAUGGUUCUUUUAUCCUUGUUACUAAUACAUUUCCAUUAAAUUACUUUUCACCUUAUAAUCGUUAUUUAUUUAAUCUUAUUGCAACACAAACCUAUAUAAAUCGACCAUCAAUAAGUUCAACAGCAAUUGUUCAAAUAAAUUUAGAAAAUUAUAAUGUACAUGCACCUAUAUUUACACCAUUAAAUCAAAUAUUUUCUAUAAGUGAAACAGCUAUUAUUGGUACACGUUUUGGUACUGUUUAUGCAACUGAUGCUGAUAAUGAUGGUAUUACAUAUACAAUAAGUGGUAGUCAAUUUUCUAUUGAUUCAUUAACUGGUGUUUUACAAUUACAACAAACAUUUCAAUCAUCACCAGCAUCACAAUAUUUUGUUACUGUAACAGCAAGUGAUGAUGGUACAUCAUGUUUACCAGUACGUUUACCUUGUCCAAGAUUUUCAACAACAACAACAAUAACAAUUAAUGUAACAGCUGUUAAUAAACGAUCACCACAAUUUUUAAAUCAAAUAUGUGGUUCAACAGUAACAUUUUAUGAAAGUAAUUUAAUUGGAGCUAAUAUAACAACAAUAACGGUAUUUGAUGAUGAUCGUGGUGAAAAUGGACAAAUAACAAUAUCAUUUCCAUCGGAACAAUCAAGAACAACAGUGAGUGGUUUAAGAAAUACAGCUUAUUCACAAUUUUAUAUUCAACAAUUAACACAAACGGGUACAACUCGAACGGCUGUUUUACGAACGAAUACAUCAUUUGAUUAUGAUGCACCAGGUGCUACACGUGUUUGGUAUUUAUUUAUAUUAGCUACUGAUAAUGGAACACCACAACGACAAUCAUUCUGUAGUUUACGUAUUAAUUUACUUGAUUUAAAUGAUAAUCCACCAGUAUUUAUAAUGACAUCAUGGAAUUAUACAAUAUAUCGUUCAGCAUUUGGAAAUUCCAAUAGUGCACGUUUUUUACGUAUAAUUGCAUCGGAUGCUGAUUCAGGUUUAAAUGGCAUGAUUAGUUAUUUUAUUGGAACAGUUAAUGUUCCAUAUUUUACAAUAAAUCAAACAACUGGUACAAUUAUACUUCGUGAUAAUGUAUUAGGUGUAUUUAGUUUAGAUGUUAAUCAAUUUCCAAUAACAUUUCAAGUUUAUGCACAAGAUCGUGGUUCACCACCACGUAUUAGUGAAGCUAAUGCAACUGUAACUAUUUAUUAUAAUAAUGGUAAUGAUCCACCACCAGCUCGAUGGAGUGAUCCACGUUAUGAAGAAUUAAAUUUUCCAAUUAUUGAAAAAUAUUAUGAAAUAUAUCGAAAUCAACCUAUAUUUAAUAUUAGUUAUGGUUUUAAUGGUACAAUUAUUUAUCAAUUAACAUCACAAACAUCAUCAAUUAUGACUGUUAGUAGUCCAUUUCCAAAUACAUACAUACCAUUUAGUGAUGUAUCAGUAUCAAGAAAUGGAAAUACAUUUAGUAGUGGAAUUGUUGUUACAAGUGGUCUUCAUGCUGAAAUUCAAAAUGUUUAUUUAAUUUAUAUACGUGUUCUUGUUAAUCCACCAUUAAUUGGUUCAACAACAAUAACAUUAAUCGAUCAAAAUGAUCAAAUUCCAACAUUUGAUAUACGUUCUAUUGUAUUAAGUGUUGUUGAAAAUGAAAAUGGAAAUCGUAUUAUUGCACAAAUUCAAGCAUUUGAUCGUGAUGUAGAUCCUCCAAAUAAUUUUGUUCAAUAUCGUUUAAAUGGAAAUUUAAGUGAUUCAGAAAUUAUUGAUAAAUUUUUUGUUGCUUCAAAUGGUACAAUAUGGACAAAUGCAACAUUUGAUCGUGAAAGUAAUAAAACUCUCUAUCGUUUAUUUAUUACGGCUUAUGAUGGUGCACCAGCAUGGAAUGCAUUAAAUAAUGAACCAAAUACACAAGAUUUUCAAUUUGAUAUUCAAGUUAUUGAUGUUAAUGAUGUUCCACCAGUUUUUAUUAAUUCAUCAUCAAUAGCAAUAUCAAUAAAUGAAACAACAACAAUGGGUACAGGUGUUCUUAAUUUAACAAUAACUGAUACUGAUUUUGAUACAAUACUUGAUUUUGGAAUAUUAAGUGGAAAUACAAAAAAUGUUUUUUCAUUUAAUUUAUUAUCUGAUAAUAUAGCUGAUUCAUCACGUACACAAUAUGUUGCUACAGGACAAUUAUAUGUUGUUGGUCCAUUAAGUUAUGAAACAAUACCAAAUUAUACAUUAGUUUUAUUUGCAUUUGAUACACAAAAUUUAGCAACAAUAACAGUUACAAUUAAUUUAUUACCACAAAAUACAAAAGCACCAUAUUUUAAUUUAAUGCCAGGUUUUACAUCUUAUGAAUAUCGAGUUGACGAAGGAACUCCAGUUCCAAUACUCAAUGGACCUGUUAUUCAAGCAAUUGAUCCUGAUAUUCCAGCAACAUCAAUUGUUUAUGAUAUAGUAACUAAUAAUAAUCAAUUAAAUUUAAAUAGUUUAUAUUUAAAUCAAUCAAAUAAUCAAACAACAAUUGGUAUUUCAUCACCUGGUCUUUUACGUGAUUUACCAUUUGGUUAUUCUACAUAUAAUUUUUCUAUUAAAGCAACAGAUGAAGGUGGUUUAGGUGUAUCAAGUUAUGCACCAAUUACUAUUAAAGUUAUGGAUAUAAAUAAUAAUGCACCAAUACCAACGAAUCCACCUUGGAUUUUAAAUGAAACUGUAACAAAUUCAAGUACAACAGUUAUUUUUACUGAUUAUGAUGAUCCAGCACAAAAUAAUACAGUUCCUUUUCGUGUUGAUAUUUUAAGUCCAUCAGGAUUUACACUAUCUGGUCCAACAGUAAAUUAUGAUGGAAUAUAUCAAUUAACAUAUAAUGGUAUAUUAAAUCGUACAAUAACAAAAAAUUUAACUGUAACAUUUAAUGCAAGUGAUAAUAAAGGUUAUUCAGCAAUAACAACAAUACCAAUUAUUGUUGGUGAUAUUUUAAAUGCAUAUCCAAUAUCGAAUGGUUUUAAAACAAUAAAUAUACUUUAUGUUAAUGGUUAUAUGAAUUCAUUAAGAAAUGUUCCACUUGGUUCAAUUUAUGUUAAUGAUUUAGAUGAUUGGUUUCGUACUAGUCGAACAUAUUCAAUUCGAGAUGUUAGUAAUGGACAAUUAUUUAGUACUUCACAAGGUUUUUUAAGUACACCAGAUGUACUUUAUCCAGGAUCGUAUACAAUACAUGUUGAUGUAACUAAACCUAUAGCAGCAUCAUCAGCUUUAAGUACAAUUGAUCUUUCAGUUACAAGUGUUGAUAGUGAAUAUGUUCGACAAGCGGCAACAAUUCGUGUUCAAGGUGAAUAUCCUGAAACAUUAAUUGAUCCAUCACUUGGUAAUCGUCUUAAUACACUUCGUAAUGCACUUGCAUCAUUUUUACUUGUUACUGUUGAUUCAAUUGUUAUUCUUGCUAUACGUCCAGUUUAUCAAUAUCGUAGUCCAUAUUAUCCACCAUUACCAUGGAAUGAAGCUAAACAACAAGCAUUAACUGAUGUAAUUUUUUAUGUACCAUCAUUACAAAAAAAUGAUAUUGAAAAUACAUUAAAUACAAAUCUUCCAUUAUUUUCAUCACGUUAUGGUAUAACAGCAAAGGCAAGUGGACCAAAUCCAUGUACAAAUUAUGUUUGUUCAAUAGGUACAAUUUGUCGACCAACACGAACUAUACAACCAUUACCUUAUUCUAUUGAUACAAAUCAAACAUCAUUUGUUGGUAUAAAUGUUGUUGAUUCAGCUGAUUGUGUUAAUGCAACAUAUUCAACAAAUUUUACAAAUAUACAAACGGGUUGUGUUACAUAUACAUUUAAUAAUUUAACAUAUUGUCCAUGUACAUCAUUACAAACAUAUGCACCACUUGGACCUUAUUGUCAAGUACUUGGAAGAACAUUUAAUGAAAAUGGUGGUGGUUAUGCUGUAUAUGAUGGAAAAACUUUUUCAAAUCGUGCACCAACACGUUUUUCAUUUGAUUUUGCUAUACGACCACCAGUAACUGAUGGUUUAAUUUUAUUAUAUGGACGUAAUACAACACCAAUAAAUGAUUUCUUUUGGACAUCUAUUGAAAUUUAUCAAUCAAGAUUAAGAUUUCGUUUUCGUGAUACAAUACUUGAUGCAUCAAGUACAACACUUAAUGCAUCAACAUGGUAUCAUGUAGAAUAUCAAUAUGUUGAUUCAACAAUUCUUGUUUCAAUAAAUGAUUGUCAAUAUUCAACAACUGUUAACGAUACAUUAAAUACAUAUGAUUUAUCAAAUGUUCAAUUAUAUCUCGGUGGUUUACCAGCUACUGGUUUAUUAGUAUCUGGUCUUUAUCCAUCAUUAACACAGGUCAAUACAUUUAGUGGUUGCAUAAAAAAUGUUUUAUCAAAUGGUUAUUAUCUUGAUAUGAAUUCACCAUUAUCAUCAGUUAAUUCAAAUGCAGGACAAUGUCCAUGUUCAUUAACAAAUUCAUGUCUUUCAACAGUUUCAGGGCGUGCUUCAGAUAUUAUUAUACCAUGGUAUACAUGGUUAAUUAUUGCAUUAGUUUUAUUAUUAUUAUCGACAAUUAUUGCAUUAGGUUUAUUAACAUGUAUAAGAAUGAGACAACAACAAAAAGCAUUAGCUGGAUUAUAUCCAGAUGAUACAAGAGAUAAUAUUAUUGAUUACAAAGAAACUGCUGGAGAAGAAGAUCAUUCUACAUAUAAUCUUGGUGUAUUAAAAAAACCUGUAUAUGCAUUAACUGAUGAAGAAAUUAUGGCAAAUGGUAGUCGAGGGGGUAUGCAUAAUAUAGGUUAUACUGAUACAAUUAUAAAUCGUCGACCAGCACUUGGUGAUUAUAUAGAUGAAAAAUUAACUGAACAACAAAUAACAUCUUAUGCAAAUGAUACUCAAUUACAUUAUCGAUAUGAAGGUGAAGGUUCAAUAGCAUCAGAUUUAAGUUCAAUUGAAUCUAUACAUUAUCAAGAUGAACAUGAUUUUCGAUUUCUUUAUUCAUGGGGACCAAAAUUUUCUCGAUUAGCUGAUUUAUAUGCUGGUGGUAUUGAUGAUGAUGAUGAUAAUAAUAUUGACAAUGCUUAA